UAAGCCAAGACUUGAUAAAUUCCUUCGGCCAACAUGAGAUGUUGGUCCAAGGCCCGGCAUGAAUAUAAUGUAAAGACUAUUAACAAUAUUACAGACAUUCCAAUAAUAUUUAAUUCAAUAACAUUUUAUAAAUUACUUCAUAUCUCAUAUCAAAAUGCAAAAUGAUGAGAAUGUUUAAAAAAUGCCUGUGUCAUUAAUACUGUAUACUUUUUGUUUAUGUAGAUUGAAUCUGAUGAAAACAAGGAAUCUAAAGGCUACGGCUUUGUCCAUUUUGAGAACAAAGAUGCUGCCUCUAAAGCCAUCAGUGAAGUGAAUGGAAUGUUAAUCAAUGGAAAGAAAGUUUACGUAGGUCAUUGGAUUUCUCGCAAAGACCGACAUGCUGACGUGGGAGAUAAGAUAAAGAGCUACACAAAUGUUUUUAUCAAAAACUUGAGUGAAGAAAUAUCAGAUGACCAGCUGAUGGAAAUGUUCUGCAAAUAUGGCAAGAUUGUUAGUGCCAAAGUAAUGCGAGACGAUGAUGCUAAAAGCCGUGGCUUUGGUUUUGUGCGUUUUGAGGACCAUGAAGCAGCAUCGCAGGUGACUUAUAAGUUUAUAAAAGUUAAUAUUAUUUUAUGUAACAUCCUUUUAAACAGCACUUAGUGAAA